GAAGAAGCCUCGUGUCCCCCCGACCUGCCUGCUCCCCCCCACCGCUUGCUGACAAGACAGGUGGUGAGUGAGAAACAGGCGAUGAACGAGCUGGGGGAGGAGGCAAGCGAAGGGUCAUGGCGGCAGUACUGCGAACACCCGCUCACCGCCGUCACCACCGCCAUGCUCAACAUCAACAGCAACGAGGAGCAGCAGCAGCACGUCACGCUCCUCUACGACUACUACAAGCCAGACGGGCCCGUCCACUACGACUACUACAGGCCUGAUGGGUCUGGGGUUGGAAGCCCGGUAAUGGGCGGUGCGGUGGACUGCAAGAUGACAAACGGGGUGUCUGAGGGCGUGUCGGGGGCGGCGCCCGUGGAGGGGCUCCUGUUUGCGGGCGGUACGGAGGUCGUCAAGCCGGAGCCAGAGGAUCUGACUCGCCGGGCCGUCAGUCCCGCCGACCGCGGCGUGCUGUGCGACAAGCGACGCCCGCUCCUCCCCCCGCCACCACCCCAGGGAGACUCGCCGCCCUCGCUCGACGUCGCGACCUCCCUCAAGGACGACCUCGAUCACCACGUGAUCAAAGAAGAGCUGGAGCACCAAGGCCUCAAAGUAGAGCCGGGGGACCGUCCUCGCUCUAACCACACACUUGUCAUCCAGGCGCCGCUCGACUCAGGCGAGAAGAUGAGCGCCGGCACAGGCAGCUACCUGGCCGGGUUCUCGGCCUCCUCCCCACAGUCCAGCUACGAGCACGUCUCGCCCUACCUGUCGCCCUCGCCGCAGCCCUACUCCAGCAGCACCUCGCCCGCCGUGCGUGGAUCCCCCGCAGUGUAUACCGUCACAGACAAUUACUAUCGUGACUAUUACCCGUCUAGCGAGCAGCAGUAUGCAGUGCGCCAGGAAUACCCUUCCACAGAUGCGGGAUUCGACCGAUAUCUCAGACCGCCGUACAAAACUAACGGCGUCUCCAGCAACCUCACCGUGGACUUACCGUCGCCCGCGGACUCGGGCAUCUCCGCCGACGCUAUCACGCCGCGGGACCAGCCCGUCCUCACACAGACAUUCGGUUAUGAGGAGAUCGUUCAGCAAGGGUCGCUAAUGGGCUCCGACCUCCGAGCGCCUGCCGGAGCCUCACCCAACUCUCAGCGGCCCUCGCGAGCCUGGCACGACUUUGCCAGACACACGGAAGGAGACAAAAUCCAGAUCCCUAAGAUACACAACGACGACGACAAGAUACACAUUCCCAAGCUAGUCAACCAGUACGGCUUCAAGUAUCACCUGGAGACGCCCAUCUCAACCUCCCAGCGGCGCGAGGAUGACCGCAUCACCUACAUCAACAAGGGGCAGUUCUACGGCGUCACGAUGGAGUAUAUUCACGACCCCGAGAAGCCGCUUAAGUCAGGCACAGUCAAGAGCGUGGUGAUGCUGGUCUUCCGGGAGGAGAAGACGCCGGAGGACGAGAUCAAGGCCUGGCAGUUCUGGCACAGUCGGCAACACUCGGUCAAGCAGCGCAUCCUCGACGUUGAUACCAAGAACAGCGUGGGGCUCGUCGGCUGCAUAGAGGAGAUCGCUCACAACUCCAUCGUCGUAUACUGGAACCCACUGGAGGCAGGAGCUAAGAUCAACGUGGCCAUCCAGUGCCUGAGUACAGACUUCAGCAGCCAGAAAGGAGUCAAGCGUGUGUUCCAGGGCCUGCCGCUGCACAUCCAGGUCGACACCUACGAGGACCCGAGGGACACGGCGACCCUCGUGCACCGCGGCUACUGCCAGAUCAAGGUGUUCUGCGACAAGGGCGCGGAAAGGAAGACCCGGGAUGAGGAGCGGCGCGCGGCCAAGAGGCGAAUGGCAGCUACGACUCGCAAGAAGUACGAGGAUCUUUAUCACCCGCCCUGCGACCGGUCUGAGUUCUAUUCCAUGAUGGACCUCGCCAAGCCCCCCGUGCUCUUCACCCCCGCCGAUGACUUGGAGAAGAUGCCCAUGGAGCUUCAAGGUUUCUACAGCCACGACUCAGACAACGGUGGCUGCAGCGUUGGCGUGCCGGGGGCUGUGGGAGUGGAAUGUUCGUCCCCCUCCGACCUCUCUCCCCAGCACGGCUUCCCCACCACCCCAGGGCGCUGCAUGUCCCCUCCUCCGCACAGCCUCGACCCCCCACCCCCACCACCUCCUCUUCCCCCGCCUCCUCCACCCUCUGCCACCAUCCUGUCCACCACCACAACCAUCACCCAGUUAGCGCCUCUGCAGGUUCCCCCGGCCACCGCCGUGUCGCCAAAAGCCAACAGCAGUAGCUACAAGUUCCACUACAGCUUCCCACAGCCCUAUGGGGACCCGCCGAGGAAGGAGCUGUGCGGCGCCGGGCUGUCUAACGGGUCCAUGGACAGCCCCAUGGCGGAUGUGUUCUCGCACGUAUCCAAGCGGUCCCGCCUGACGCCGCCCCUCACCGAGCGCCUCAUGCUGUACGUGCGUCAGGACGGCGAGGACGUGUACACGCCGCUCCACCUCGUGCCGCCUAGCAUCAUCGGCCUUCGCACCGCGAUCGAGGAAAAGUACAAAAUCCCAACACAAACCAUCAAAAACAUAUACCGGAAAAAUAAAGUCGGCGUGAUGGCGAAGGUGGACGACGAGAUGCUGCGCCACUACUGCAACGAAGACCUGUUCCUGAUGGAAGUCCAGCACCGCGACGCCGACAGUUACGACCUCACCCUUAUAGAGCUGACGGGAGUGGAGCACUGAGCAAGCCAUGACCCCUCACGCUGCCAUGCCCUGCAUGCUGCACGAAGCCAAAUCCGGCAAAGAAACUUACAUAUUGAUUCUCAAGGAAGGCACGUGAACAGACCAGCCCGGACGUCCCAUCCUCUUGGGCGUCUGUCGUGCAUAGUUUUAUAAUUCUUGGUGGUAAUGACCAUCCCCAAAGCCGAAGGAAUAUUAUGUUUCUCUUGAUAUUAAAAGAUAACAAAUAUAUAUUAUACAUGUAAGAAAUGAGGGAAGGACUCAUACAGGACUGGUGAUUUUAUGGAACCUGAGGUGAGCAUUACCGUCCAUCGUGACUGUGUGGUGGCCCCCGAGCACCGUCCCAGCCAGACACUGUUGCUGCUGCUGCUGCAGCUGGGAUGUUUAGUUUUAGAGUUUACUGAUUAUGCCGUUUAGUGGCCAUGCUGUAAUAAAUAAUACUACGGCACAAGACAGUUGGGCAGCAGUGCACCUGAGGGGGCAGCAGGGUGAUGCGGCUCCAGCAGGUGUGACCCAGACGCAGAGGGACAGGCCACCGUUCCCUCCCUCAUGAAGGUUGUGGUGUUGUGACCCGUGCAAGGCUCACGACCCGGGCCACCUCCGCUCAUCCUUGGGUUCACCGGUGAGUUGGUAGAUAAUUUUAUGUAUUAUUGCCUGUAUGAAAUCAAAUUUAUUUUAAGUCACGAGUAAGACAUAGCUAUAACGCUGUUUACAGGGUAUGUAAUGCCUUAAAACCUUAUAAAAUGUUAAUGCAUACGCUAAGAUUGAGCUGUUUUUAACACUUCUUGUCAUUCAUUCACCGGAACGUUUUUUGUGUUAUUGUAAUGUAUGAUGUACUGACCUUAGGUAGUUAGUGACCUGCCUGUAGCGGACGGUUGAUCUCUGAUGGCCGAGGGUCACGGUAAACACUGUGUACAGAUAAAAUCUGGUGUUAAUUCAUUGCUUUAUAUUGAUGACGUCACCGUUGAUGUACACGUGACAUCCAUGCGAGCCACUCAUCUUGCCAACGUGCCUUUGUUUUAAGUGUCUUCCACGAGAGUGCCAUAACACAAGCGAUGACUGACUGCCGCCGUCAUCGUGCCCGACACGAAUUAGGAGUACUCAGUGGUUUUGUUCUGACCUGAAACUGGCUCCUGCUGGCGGGUGGGAGCAGGUGAGGGCCCCCGCCCCGCCCCUGUGAUCCUCUACUCCUCUCGAAUGCCAAAUGCUACUUUCUUACGUAAUUUGAUGCUUUGUGUUCCAUUCAUACUUUUAUUCUUAUGCAAACCCAUUGAGCAAGGACGAUUUGAAGGGUGACCGAUGAUUUACUUCAGAAAUUAACGAAAUGAUGACUGAGACACUACACACAAGCGCACACACGCACACGCGCGCACACACACACGCACACACACACAUACACACACACACACACACACACACACUGAGACAGGUCUGUGUGCUUCUCAGUCUAUAGUUGUCAUCCACAUCGUCCUGCCUGUUCCCCUUCUCUCUCUGAUGAUACACAGUUGGUGUCCUUUUCACCGUUUCAAAGACAACCCUUGUUAUCCCAUCCCAAAAUCAUCCUCCGUUGUGUCUACUCCUGUCGUCACUACUUUCCCCACCUCCCUUCCUCCUCCCCCAUCAUUUCUUCCUCUUCCUCUGUACAACCUUUACACUGCCAGCAGCUAUCAAAGUAUCCACUACUUGUUGAAAAGUUUCUUUACUUAAUCUUCUUCACGACUCACUAGAUUAACAAAAUGGAUUUAAUUUUGUUUCCAAAUAAUUGCCUAAGAUUGAACUUUGCCAAGCUAGAAGCAAAUUUAUGUACUUUAAUUUGAAAAUUGUGUCUACGUAAUAAAAGACUGUAGUUUUAGUGCAUAAGUAAGAGUAGGGUUAGCUCCUGAUGUGCUUCUUCAUCGUCCCGGCAUUCCUUCCUGUCUACUACUACUAAUUUCAAGUUUAGCUUAGCAAGUGAGGACCGGUGGCUGCUGGCACGUCCAGCGCGGUGUUGGUCAAUACCUGUUGUACAACAUUGUCAAACUGAAAUUUUAUUCAGCAAGUUUUAAUUUUACUUUUAGUAACAGACUUGUAUGAUACACAAACUAGGCUUAAUAAUAUGUACAUAUGAACAUUGCUUUAAUUAUUUGUGUUUUUUAGCAUAAUAUAUAUCAAUAGCUCGUAAGUUUGUGUGUAAGUGUGAACCUGAGUGGCGAUGAUUUACUUGUUGAGGAUAUUUGUUACUAUAGUUUUGUAAGAAGAUGACUAUAUUGUGUAAAUAGAAGUGGGCGCCCCGCCCAAACCUUCGCCUGCCGCUUACGGUAAACUUAUGAGACAGACUGUGUUGGGCUCAACCAAAACAGUUUCUCUUCCCGAAAUCCCUCUGGAGUCUCAAAACGCAGGAAUCCUUACCUUGAAAUUUGAAUGUUAUCAGUUUGAACGGUAUUGCUGAUGUGGCAUUUUAAUAGAUAAUUGAGUUGGGUCUUUCAAUCUUGAAUUGGAACUGAUUUAAAAUGUGACUGACUGCAAACCCCAAUAACGGUUGGCCGAGGUCUUGUCAUAAAGUAAGUUUCCCCUUCACCAGCCUUCCGCAGCUCACCGCGGCUGGAACCUGCCUUAAGUUUUGUACUGAUUAGUUACCGUAAAACUCGUGUUUGUUCUUUUUAUUUAUGUCUGACUUGGAUGUCUCUCUGAACAGUAGAUUGAUAUUAGUUGAUGACAAGCUCUGUAGCAAGCUUUCUCCCCUCCAACUCACGCCUUCACCCAGUCCUCCACCAGUGGCUGUGUUCGAGACCUUCAUGUAGCUGUUUAUCUUUCAACCAUCACUGCAAUAAGCAGCUCAUCAGUGCUCUCAGAGGCCCAAGGUAUUCUUUGGUCCCUCAGGCAGCGGGAUAAACUUGUGUUCAAGGGCCUCGCUGCAGCUGACGGGAGGGCGAGCGCAGGACAGCAGCGUGAGUGUACUGUUCUGUUUCAUGGGAUUCCAUGUGGCUCUUACUCAGUUUUCACCCGGUACCUAGAUAUUAUAAGAUUCUCAGAGGCAUGUUUGACAUUUUUUCUGCCAAACUUACCAUGCUGCAUCUCUCUAAUAACCCAGUUCGUUUGUUUUAGAGGCCAUGGAAGGUGUUUGCUUAAUCGUUAGGGCUGCCUUCACAACGAAGCCCAGCUGCUGCGUGGCCAUCUUGACUGGCGCCUCACCAGGCUUGUGGGCGGCGCCAUGUAGCGCAAAACUACAGUCUUAUCCAUAGCUCAGCGGCGGCGGGCUGCGUUGAAUAGGAAUCAGUACAGAUCACCUCCUUCACCCAACAGCAAAAAAAAAACAAAAAAACAAAAAAAAAAUCAUUUUCAGAUUUGUCUUUCGAUUACAGAUAAUUUGAUUCCUUCGUGUUGCCGUCACAGUCUCGUGCUGCGUUCAAAAUUACUUAAAAGCCUAACAAUUACCGUCUGGAGGUGUGACGGAGAGACUCCUUCUUGUGACUGGUCCUUGUAAUUGGGUUCGCCUGCUGCCCGUGUCCAGCAUAGUACUGUUAAGUAAUAUAGUGCCAAUAUUUCUAUGUUGUAGAUCUACUAGGUCUGCGCUCAUUGCCUUUCAAAGGUCUCGUAUUUUCUUGGACUUUCCGCACACCCUCGCUGACCCCCCAAGUACCUUCUGCGGCGUCAGUACACGUGAUAGUACAACGAGGCGGCCUGGCCCUGGCCCGCCCCGACGCCGCGCCAGACAAGGGCUCCUGCUCACCACACCUUCGCGUCGUCCGUGGUCACACCUGAGCUCCAGCACAUUGUUGGGGAGGGUUGUGGACUGUCCGUCUCACAAUAUUCAAGGCCACACAGAAACACCCAUCAAGCCAGAGUAACCGAUGCCUCGUGGAGAUGCGUCUAUUUUUACAGGAACGAAACGAAAUAUUAGUAGAAACUAUUUUUAUAUAGACAUUAUCCACAAUACGUAUCAUAAGCCUUAUGCAAGCUUAGUAAAGGACUGACGCCCUUAGUGUGCCUAAAAUUCGUGUCCGCCGCGGGUUCAUGCGACGUCGUCGCCGGGGUAAGGUUGUGAUUCGUUUGGACUGGAAGGGCGUAGAGCGACGGGUGCGGAAACCUCUUGUCAGUGGUCUUAUUAUUUAUUGUCUCCCUGAGGUCGGCCUGUGCAUCACUCGCCUAAAGUCAGCCCUGCCCUUUUCUGUUCGAUUGGUUGCCAAGCACUCUGAACACACCUUGAUGAAACCGACGCAGGGAAAGUGUGAACAACGAGCAAAAUCGAUGCAGCCUUUUCUGUCCCGUCAGCCUGGUCGGUGUGUCCCCCAAACGAUGUUGAGGAUCUCAUAAAACUGUUGAUCAUGCCAGAUUGUGUGUAGGAUAAUGUGUUGUUAUUAUGAUUCAUAUUUUUGUAUUGAUAUCUGAUGUAAUCAGUAAAUUUUAUCUAUUGGUCAAUAUUGACUUCUGAGUUUAUCACGAGAAGGAGCCAUGUGUGUGAGGGUCCCGGAAGGUACCCAAGCGACGCCGCAGGCCGCCACAGUGACUGUCAGGCUUGUCGGCACGUCAGCUGCCGUUCACUCACAAGACACGGUUGAUGUUAAUCCUUUUUCAUUGAUAUUUGACAAAAGACAGGCCUGAAGAGCUCACUGAGGCGGCGUAGAAGACGGCGGCCCUGACGGUGAUUGCCAAGGGCUUCUGUCGGCCGCGUGUGGCGUAAUGUUGUACAGAAAUUUGAAUAAAAAUAUGGCAUAAA